GUCAGUAGGAUAAGGCUUAUUGGCUUUAAAGGUAUCUUAAUCCAUUAUCAUUUUCACCAAACAUACCAAUAAGUUAGACAUAAUGAUUGAAGUUCCUAUAAAAGCAACAAACCAACUCUAUGUUGUUUGAAUAGAAAGCUAUGACAGAAUUCUAUUAGAAAGAUAAACACUUGAAGCAGAGCAUAAUAUGGAUAAUAUUAGCAGUUUGAAACACUUAUUUGUGACAGUAUUUCUGUCAAAUUUUGCUUUAAAUGUGGUGGCUCCAGCAAUUACUGAUAUCACUAUGGACGCAAUUUGUCCUUCUCAAGACAAGUGCUCUCUUGCUAUUUAUCUCUCUGGUUUCCAGCAAGCUAUUAUGGGAUUAGGAUCAAUGUUGUUGAUGCCGCUGAUUGGAAAUCUAUCUGAUGUAUAUGGAAGGAAAGCUUUGCUCACAAUUCCUGUCACUCUCUUGAUUUUUCCUUCAGUAAUAAUGGCAUACAGGAGGACAACAAACUAUUUUUAUGCAUACUAUGUCAUAAGGACCUUGACUGGCAUGAUCAGCGAUAUCGGCAUUCAAUGCCUCCCCAUUGCUUAUGCGGCCGAUUGCAUGUCAGAGGACAAGCGCGCUUCUGCUAUCGGAAUUGUGACAGGUGUAGGUUCUGCUGCAUUUGUAUGCUCUACCUUUGCUGUUCGUUUCCUAUCGACUGCUCAAAUAUUUCUGGUGUCAUCAAUUUCUUCAUCAGCUGCGGCGUUAUACAUGACAAUAUUCCUAAAGGACACAACUCCUCACGUUAAUAAGAAGUACAAUGCUCUGAAUCAACCCAUUUUAGCUAAUGAAUCUGAAAGUGACUCCUCAGAGAAAACGCUGAGUCCAAUAAAUACUCCACCAUUUUAUCAAAUUAUUUCCUUGCUCAAGAGUAGCACCACAAUUUUAUUGGCAACAUUUAUUUCAUUCUUGUAUGGUCUUGGUGAGGGAGGAGCACAGACUCCAUUUUUGUACUUCUUAAGGGCUCGAUUUCAAUACAAUAAAGACAAUUUUGCUGUCCUAAUGCUUAUUUGCUACGGCGGGGCAACAUUUUCUCAAUUAAUCUUAAUGCCCAAGUUGGCUCCAAUAAUUGGAGAGGAGACAAUACUUUCUUUGGCACUCAUAGCUGGUUUUAGCAAUAUGCUAAUAGAUAGCAUUGCAUGGGCAACUUGGGUUCCUUAUUUAGUCGCUUUGUUUCCCAUGUUUCUUUAUUUAGCAAAACCAGCUUUACAAAGCAUAGUUUCAAAACAAGUUGGACCAAACGAACAGGGAAUUGCUCAAGGGUGCAUUUCUGGCAUAACCUCCUUUGCAAACAUUCUCUCUCCAUUUAUAUUUAGUCCUUUGACAGAUCUUUUCUUAUCUGAGAGAGCUCCAUUUAAUUAUCCUGGUUUUAGUAUGUUUUGUAUCGGCCUUCCUUGGUUGAUAGCAAUUAUACCUACCAUGAUGAUAAGCUGGUUUGAUACCUAUAAUUCAAGCCACAAAAUCAGGGAUGUCCUUUGCUAGGAAGCUUGAAGGAGAAUAAUUCAAUAAGCUAUGUUUAUUUGUAUAUCUAAAAUCCAUCUUAUACACACAAUUUUCAAAUGAUAUAUUUUGUAGGAGUGUUUUUGUGUCGUUCCAAUGUAAUUUUAUGAGUGAGAUUAAAUAAAGGUGAUGUGUGCGCCCUUACUCUUACCUUGUGCGGAUAGAGAGAUUGUUUCUUAUAUAAAAAAUAUUGAGUUUUUAAAAGAUGUGAAUGGAAAAUGAAGAGUUGCAACUCUUAUAA